CUUUACCUUUACGACCUUGUAAAGGGAGACGAGAUUUGGGAAAAUGGCGAAGGCGGUUUCUAAUCUUAUGGCCAAAGCGCCCGUGAUGCUGAAGGGUGUGGUCGAGUCUUCUAAACCUCGAUUUGCCGUCUUUAUGAAAUAUGCCAGAGUAGAACUCGCUCCUCCUUCUCCAGCCGAAAUUCCUCAAGUUAUUCAGGGAUUCAAUAAGCUGAUUGGUAAUGUAAAAUCUGGAGUGUGGAAAACUGCAACUGUUAAAACAGCCUGGUUAAAUACAUUAGUAGGUAUGGAAAUCACAUUUUGGUUUUUUCUGGGAGAAUGCAUCGGAAAGAGGAAGCUUAUAGGUUACGACGUCUAAGAGUUAUUCUUUGUUAUUACUCGAUGAAGAUUUCCAAAAUUCCCAUAAAUGUGGAAUCGAAACAAAUUGUAGAGUUAUCUUUGCAUUACAUGCAUAUUGUCAUUUAUUAAAUAGUUAAAUGGAGAUAUUUAAUAAAGAGUCAGAGAUAUGAAAAUGAA